UAUAUAUAUAUAUAUGGGCGCUCUGAGAAAUUCGGAGUUUCGGACGGUGAAGGAAGGGCGAGAGAGAUGUCGUCGAGCGAUAAGUCGCAGGCGAAGUCGAAGGAAACGGUGUUCGUGGAGCACCGAAUGGGAGCAAAUGGCCUCGAGAAGGUCAUUCUCAGAGAACUUCGAGGCUUUUCUGCGGAGGUGUAUCUAUAUGGAGGUCAAGUUACAUCCUGGAAGAAUGAACUUGGGGAAGAGUUGCUCUUUGUUAGUAGUAAGGCAAUUUUUAAGCCCCCAAAAGCUAUACGUGGAGGUAUUCCAGUUUGUUUCCCUCAAUUUUCAAAUAAUGGGUCUCUUGAACAACAUGGAUUUGCAAGGAAAAGGCUAUGGACCGUAGAUCCUGAUCCUCCACCAUUGUCAACGGCUAACACAAGCAGGGCUUUCAUUGAUUUGAUUCUUAAGAACUCUGAAGAAGAUGCAAAGAUUUGGCCUCACAGAUAUGAGUUUCGUCUGAGGAUAUCUUUGGGACCUCAAGGAGAUUUGAUGUUGACAUCCCGCAUUCGAAAUACAAAUACAGAUGGAAAACCAUUUUCCUUCACAUUUGCCUAUCUUACACAUUUACAAGUUACUGACAUCAGUGAAGUGAGGGUAGAAGGACUUGAGACAAUAGAUUAUCUGGAUAACUUGCAAAAUAGACAACGGUUUACUGAACAAGGGGACGCACUAACAUUUGAGUCCGAGGUGGACAGAGUAUAUUUACGGACACCUACAAAAAUUGCUGUCAUUGACCAUGAAAGGAAGAGAACUUAUGUAGUAAAGAAAGAUGGACUUCCAGAUGCUGUGGUUUGGAACCCUUGGGACAAGAAAUCUAAAGCCAUGCCCGAUCUCGGGGACAAGGACUACCUGCGCAUGAUAUGUGUUCAGGCUGCAUGUGUAGAAAAGCCAAUUACCCUAAAACCUGGUGAAGAAUGGAAAGGGAGACAACAAAUAACUGCAGUUCGUUCCAGUUAUUGCAGUGGUCAACUUGACCCACAGAGGUACUUCUCUAUGGCUAUUAGAACAGAAUGAGGCCUGAUGCUUCUCCCUCUGUACAGAUCAAAAGUACAAAUUUCAGUGCAUACAUUGAAUGCAGAAAAGGCAGUGGCCUCCACAGUAGAAUUGGAAAGAAGAAGAAAACAAACGAGAACCAGAAACAGGGUAUUCAGUAUGAUACACCGGUUUCUGGCCCUGUUAAGUCUUUCCGAUUCAAUUUGUCCAAAAAAAAAAAAGAGGAGGAGGAGGAAGAUAAUUCAACUACGAAAGAGAGAGAUGCUGAUUUUUUUUCCCCCUUUGCCGUUGUUGUUGCCGAUAUGAUAUAUUGAUAUCUCCAUGGAAGAUUUCUAUCCUAUAUAUGUCAUUCAUAUCUAUGAAUAAACCACGAUCAAGAUAAUAAUGAUAAUAAUGAGUUAACAAAGAACCAUUUCUUCCCUUGCACAUAUAGAUUUGAAAGUAAGUUUGUCACACUAUAUUAGAAACAGAGGUCAAGAACAGAGACAAACGAAGAAGAAGAAGAAGAAGAAGAAACAAAAAGCAAAAUCGAAGCAAUCAAUACCGUU